CCAAAAGAGGUAACCCCGAGCUACACUCGGGCUUACCAUUCGGCGUUGCUCAGGGAUUCCCUGCAGCUUACCUUGUCCUUCGUUCCUGCGAGUCCCUCCUGCAGCGUCCCCGGCCAUCUCCUCCGUCCGAUGCCGGCAUCAGUCUUCCGUGUUCCGUUCCCUGUGACGUCGGGACGUACGGGGGCCGAAACCGGCGGCAAAUUAAAAAAAUUUUUUAAAACUGUCAUUUUUUUGUAAAUUUUGUCCCUAGUGCUUUGUCCUGUGCCCUGCCUGCAUUUUGACUGUUCUUUCUG